UCGUGCCUCAAUGCGUGUGCGCGUGUCGAAAACACGCAGCCCCCACGAUACAGUUAACUUCGCUCACAUCGCUAAUCAAAUCAUUCAAUAAAAUAAUACCCUGAUUACUCCCGUGUAGUGAACCAGUGACGCGUCCAAAGUUUUACCCGACUAAAUCGUUGUGAACGUUUUCCCCUGUGAUCGGACAAGUGCAUUGAGUAAGUGUGGAGAAGGCUACAUUCCAAACCGGUGUCGUUCUUUAAUGGACGAGGUGUGUACUACUCUGUGUGUGUUUUAUUAACGCUAGGCUAGUGACUACGUUGGUGUAGGUUCCGCAACACGGACAAGAAAACUUUGGCAUAAAUUUGUUUAUAGACACAUCGCCCACAGCCAUGUGAUAAGGUAAACAAGAUAAUCUCGCACCGAGGAAAAUGGCUCGCGGAUCACUGAGCGAAAACGAGCGCCAGUGCUUCGACACUGGCGCAAAAAGUCAAACGGAUCAUCUGCAAGACGCAGAAAAAACAAUGAACAUCGACUGUAAAACUAACGGUCUCCGAGUCCGCUUCCUGGAUGAGGAAGGAAAGACGGAGAGGACUGUGAGCGCCGACGAGGUAGACUGCGCGGUGGCGCGCGUCAAGAAGAUACACAUCCUGAAGAACCGCAGCUCGAGUGAGACUAGCAUCCUCCUCCGGAACGCCUCGCUGAUGAAACGCAACUACAGCAAUCGUCGGCACAGCGUCCAGGGUCUCAACAAUAAUUCUCUCAAUGAGAAUCUCAACGAACGGCUCUCCAUGCUGAAGGAGAAGUCCGACAAGACUGACGACAAUGAACUCACCAAAGAAGCAACCAACCAGACCUUUAAAAAGAAUAGUAACGUUUACAGCGUAAACCAGGCGAAGACGCUCACCCCAGAAAAAAAGAAAUCGUUGACGAUGCCGCGCCUGAUCAAUCACAAGGUGCAGGAGAGCGGACAAGUCAAGUCAAUUCUGCCCGGCGAGGUUUGUCUGGCCGAGGGCGCUGCAGGAAAGGAUUUCACAACGCGCACCAUUGGCCGCCUCUCUCGCAGCUUGGGCAAACUGCUACGACGCACCAACAGCGUGCGGAUCAGCGACCCCGAUCCUGUCUACAAGGUGGCCUACCUCGGCAAUGUCCUUACCGGUUGGGCGCGAGGCGAGAGCUGCAUAGAGAAGCCGCUCGCGACUUUGUGGAGGAAUUAUCAGCAGUCUACGAAACCCGAUGUGGUGAUGAAACUGUCGGUCACCAACUCCGGCCUCAAGGGGUUCACGAAGGAACACGGCCUCACCGAGUACUGGUCCCACCGCAUCACCUACUGUGCCAGCCCACCGCACUACCCCAGGCUAUUCUGCUGGGUCUACCGCCACGAGGGCAAGAAACUCAAACACGAGCUUCGCUGCCACGCCGUUUUAUGCACCAAAGAAAAUAUGUCAAAGAAAAUAACAGAAGAACUACAAAUCAAACUGAAGCAAGCGUUAGUCGAGUUCAAAAAGGACAGAAUCUCAAAACAGAACGCUAGACUCAGUCUAGCCAACAGCAUAUACGACAACCCUAGCAUGCCUCGACGGAAGAUCCUUUUGAGUGUUGGUGCUAUGAACUACCGCCCGCCGCUAGAGCGAUCCAAGUCAGCACCUAAACUCGGUGCCAUUGAAGAGCUCUGCUCCGAAGAAGAUGAAGAAGAAGCCGAGAUGAACGCCACUCAGACUAUCUGCAACAACUGGACGGAUAGUAAUCUCAAUAACAUGGAUAUCUCACACACGCUCGACAGGCGACGGCCGGAGAUGAAAUCUCCCCGGAAAUUAUCGUGCCCAGAAGGUGUCAUGGAGAGAACUCGAUGCAACUCAGAUUCGAGUGACCUACCUGUAUUUGACGACCUUCUGGAGCUUCUCGUGCAAGAGAGAAAUAGCAACGCAGCUGACAAACAUACUGAUAAUGAUACUAGUCAUGAAGAUAAUGCGGAGUCGAGGUUGCAGACUCUCGAAUCUAUCGCCGAAUCCACCGAACUUAAGAGCGAGACGUCUGAUGGCGAUGGCAAAAGUUUGCAACGGCUACCUCAAAGUAACUUCCUCGUCUCGGAUAGUGACGACGGAUCCGUUUCUUCGGGCUGCGAGACUGCGAGCACUGUCACCUCGUCCGACACUGAGCCAUCGUCGCUUCCCUCGAACUUCCCGCAAGAAGAAAUAUUGAAAGAGCACUCGGAGAGCGAGGAUGAGUGCAGAGCGACAUUUGCCGAGACGCUGGGAUUCGACCGCGCCACCAGAGGCAGCAUGAGAAGCUACUCGAAUGCAAUGCAUGUUAUGAACAAUGAGGAGGACCUCCCAAGUAUCUCCUCUACGGAGGAAGUUAAUCAUGUGCCCAUAGGAGAAAAGAAUACCUUCCGUCGAAGGUCCACGUAUCCCCCGCUGCGUGUGGAAUCCAUUUUAGGUGGUUUCGAAAGCAAAUUUGAACCCCUCAUCGACAAUCUAACCGAUGUUGACAGUUUACACUCGAGCACUGACAACGAGGUCUUCAAAAACGUCGGGGACAACGACAGUGCUUGCAGUGAUGAAUCAGGAUAUUCUGAACUUCUAGAUAAUGGUAAAGAUAGUAUAAUAGGAAACACUAUUAUGGUAUAAGCCAUUUGUAGAUGACGAAAUCAUUCAAUGAUUGGGUAACUGAGCAAUGCACACUUUAGAUCUAAGAAAAUUUAUUAUCAUUAAGGCGAUUGACCUUUAUGUAACUACGAUGAAAUUAGCGACAGUAAUUGUAAAUAACAGGGUACGUAUUGUACUUUAUCCAGUUAAUGUAUU